CUACGACGUUCACCACCAUACAUCACAACUUCGCCUCGCCUCGAAUCUUCUUGGAUCAACAUUGUGAUAAGGAUCGAUCGAUUCUUAACGACCGGGUACCCUACAGCAUUCGAACACGGUGGACGAAGAUGACUACCGCUCGGACAACCUGCUGGACAUCUUAGCCAGAAUUUACGGUUGAGGUCUUUCUCUCUUGCCCUACCAAUACACCUUCCUAGUAUAUAUCGAUCAGUACCACAGGGACGAAGCAGAAUUAUAAGUAGCGAUGACAUCUUCAGCUCCACUCCAAAGCGGUGCAUCUUUGCAUGACCUCGUGGAUCCGGACGAAACUCGUCGACAAACGACGGCCUCGCUCGACCCGUUCCUUACCAACCCAAUGCUCGUCUCUGGCGAACACAAGCAUGGUCAUGGUCGAUCUCCGACGCACGAAAGCGGAGAUGGUCCUCAGAAGAACAGAGACAAUCACAUGCCGAUCCUCGAUGGGCUGGCGAAGAGACUGGGGUCGAAAGCCUUGGAAAAGGUGACUUUGGACGAGGUCUUGGAGGGAGGAAGUUGUAGUCCAAUCUCGUUUCGCGAAUUCCAGAACUUCAUCACCCACAAAGAGUAUACCAUCGAAAACCUCCUCUUCAUCAUCUGGUUCCGGUCCUAUCAACGGCGGUUCGAGAAGUUGAGCGAGGAAGAGAGGAAGAAGGUGGAUGUACCUAGUGGCAAGCUGGGAGAGGUUGGCGGACCGUUCGGACAUAUAAGAAGGAACAUGGGUAUGGGCGGAAGGAGGAAGACGUUGACGUUGACCCUGGGAUCAAGGAGCAUUUCAUCGGGACAAGCGGAAGGCGAUGAUCAUGAGCAGAGGGAGAGGAGAUCGAGCUCGAUCCCUUUACAGUCCAUCUUCCGACGAACGGGAUCUUCCUCAACCCAGACUCAAAUUGCGGAUUUGCAAACGUCAUUGACGCCCAGCCAAUCCGCCCUCCCAGCCACUCUCACCAUCUCUUCUACCAUCAACACCGACCCCAAUUCGCCAUCAUCGACUUACCUGCCCCAGUUCCACCCAGCCGACCAGCCCAUGAGACAAGAGGCCGAACGCGCUUUCCGGACGUUCUUGGUCCCUGGUGCAGAGAGGGAGCUGAACGUGACUGAUGAGAUGAGGACGAGGUGUAAAGUCGCCCUCGAGGGGAGUACGCAUCCGGAGGUGUUCUUACCUGUCUACAAGGAGAUCUACGGGUUCCUCGAGAUGCAAACAUUGCCCCAUUUCUUAUCAUACGCGCAGACUAAUGUCAAUCUCCCGAAACAAGUCUUCUGGUACGGAGUGGGAUUAACGGACAUUGCCAUCUCGGUCCUCAUCCUCGUCCUGAUGGUCGUUCUCCUACCCGGCAAGUCGUUCGCAUGGAGACUGCCCCGGUUGGUCUCCGUCCUCUUUGCCUCGUUCGGGGCGAUGCAGACGUAUUCGGCCUGGAGAGGAUUCUGUACGCAAGUUUGGGGUAGAGCUUCUAGGCAAUUACAUCCAUGGGAAUUGGAAUCUAAGGAAGAACGCGAGGCUAGACAGGCCGAUCCCAGGAGAGGCAGCGUAGACCUUGAAGGUGGGGCUUGGGUCAAUCCUUGGGCUGAUAAUCCGCCAGCCCCAGCUUCCCCGAUCGAAAAGGGGUCGACAGAGAUCGACGAGGGCGUCUGGUUGCCAACAUUUGGCAAUCAAGGUCCGAAUGUUCUUGAUCGCCAGGGAGACAGGGACGAUCCUCUCGAUCCAUUGUCAGCCGGAUCCGGGUCAAAUCCGGUACAUCAGGAUAACCUGGAUCAAGCGCUCUCGACGCAUAGUUGGGACGGGCCUGCUCCGAGGCUCGCCAUGGGCUACAGUGUGGGUGACAUGUCGGAUAUUUCACCCUGGGACGAACCUCUUGGCCAAACGACUAUCGGCAAUACAAAUUCAAAUACGCACCUGAUCUUUCCCGUCUCGGAAAAGGAAGAUCACGAGGGAUCAGCCUCGAGCUCGGCCGUGCAACGAAGGCGAUCGGCAGGGAUGCAGCAGUCGACCUUGUUACGGCGCUUGCUCCGUGAGAACAGGAACAUCGCCGACGAGGUCACCGCGCCCUUGCCAAAACCACCCGUGUUCGGGGACGAGAUCGUUCUCGUGGACGAGCGUGUCAUUCGAUUACACAAGCAGGUCGUCCGAGAUAUUUUGAUGGUUGGAGCGGUGUGGGGUCUCGUUUGGAUAGCGGUCUGUCUCGCCAUUCCGACAAGCUAGGUAUGGGUCAUCGCAGCGUGAGAUAUUUUGUACGAGUGGCGGAUCGAGUUGUAUUGGUACGAAUGGCUCCUACUUGUGUAAUAGGGUCGGUCAAGUGGUCUAGGUAUUCAAUCGGAAUGA